UGGGCUUUCCAAGCCCCGCCCGGCCGCCGCGCUGGGGGGGGGGGAAGGACUCGCACUCCCGGGCGGCUCCCGGACAGCGCAGGUGAAGCCGAGACGCUCCGAGCUGCCCCAGGGCGGGCAGCGGGAGUGCGCGGUGCAGAGCCGGGCGCGGAGCCCCCAGCCCGCUGCGGAGCCGCCGGUGCAGCCGCAGCGCCCGAAGCCGCCGCCCCGCGGGGGCUGCAGGCUGCUUCCUCCCCCGGCCGGGCGCGGGACCUCAGUCCCGGUCCUCGCUCGCCUCCGCCGGAGACUCCCCGCCGCGCUGCUCCCAUCGCCCGCCGGCCGCAGCGCCCCUCGCCGGAGCACAGUGUCAAAGUCUCUCACUGAGGAACGUCAAGAGCUGGGAAAGCCGCCCACGAUGGAUCGCCUCCUUCUGGCUCUGCUUUUCCUGUUGCAAGGGGUCGAUGGAAGCAGCCGCCACGCAGAAGACUUCCGAUUUUGUGGCGAAAGAAACCAAACGAAGAAAAGCCAUAUCACUUAUCAGAUGCGGCCAGAGAACAUCACCAUCGAGAACAGUGCUGACACGCUGAAGAUAAGUGUGCCAUUCCCAUUAAACCCUGUAAACUUCUCUUUACCCGACAAUUUGGGGAACUACCGCUUCUGCCUCUACUGGUACCAAAGGGAUGGGAUUUUCAACCUCACGUACGGCAAAAACAACUACACGCUGAGUACCGAGGCAGAGCCUUCCUUCAACUUUUCAAACCCAAGCGCACCGCAGAAUAGAAGUGGGGUUCCUGUGCUUUCCAGAGUGUCCUACGCCUAUGGCAAAGGCCUGCGGAACACCUCCCUCAGCAGCGCCGCUGUUUACUCCUUCUCCAUCCGUGGUACAGUUGAAUCAAUAUGUUAAAUGGGUUAGAGAACUUGCAGCGGUACCACCGCAGCCUCUGAGCGUGUUCAGUCUCAGAAGCUAAGCAGGGCUGGCUCUGUCUGCCCAUGGAUGGGAAGGUUCUGGGGAAAACCCCUGAGGCAGCUGAUGCUCCAUUAGAAGGUAGAGAAGGGCAUUUGGCUUCUCCACUGGUCACUAAUUCCAUCAUUUUUCAAAAAUGGCCACUAGUUUUGGGUUCCUCAUUUUUGGGGCACCCACAUGCAGCGCUCUGUGGCCGAUUUCCCCACGGUGUCGAAAUCCCACCUCUCCCAGUGAGAAGAACUGGAGUUGUGGGUUCUCAACACCUCUGGAAAUCCAGCCCAAAGUUUCUCUGUGUAAGCACACAAAGUAAGUGGCCACUUUUGAAGACGUGGCUGCAAAGGUCCUGCAUUUCACCGGAUAACCCCUCAUCUAGUCACAAUGUCCCACCUUUAAUGGCCAGUUGUGCUGCCUUCAGCAGUGCAGGGGUCCUCAGGUCACAGCUGUAUGGGAGCCUUAUAGGGAUCCAUCAUGACACCAGCAACACUCCAUCCUUUAGAACAGAGGUGGGCAAACUACAGCCCAUGGGCCACAU